UUAUUCCCUUAUUCACUUCUCUAAUUCUUUGGACUUGUCAUAUAAUUAAUUACGUAUUAUUUAGUAGUGUCAACCAAAUUGAUUAAGAAGGUCAGAAAAACAUGACUUGCGCCAUUUGUCUUGAGACCUACAUGGAUUUUAGCCAAACCCCCUACGUGGAGGAGGACCGUUUACCAUUCCAGUGUCUGACUACGUCGUCGUCGGGUAAACUUUCCCAGGAGCCUGAUUCAGCAACUCAGACUUCAAAUGACCCAGGACUUUGCUGUUUUCCACCCUUUCUACGCCCGGCGAGGAGGGUUGAAGUUGAACCCGAACCACUCGUGACUGACGUACGCACCACCGUCUGCAAGAAUAAGCCACUGCAUGAGACAGCUCCUGUCGCCACCAAAUGUUGCGGCCACGUUUUCCACCUAGCCUGCAUUUCUUCCUGGAUGCAAGCCCUCACGUCGCCAAAUAAUGAGUGCCCCAUGUGCAGGGAACCAGUCGAUCUUGAGAAUCUCGUUAAACUGCGUUUAGAAUGUCCAAUGUCAAUUAUCAGACAAGAAACUGCUGUGGGUGUGCUUGUCUCGAUGUCAUUAAACCAGUAUAAUCACUUGAAGACAGGAUUUACAGUGGGGUACCGAGCCGGGAUGGAGAGAUGGAAGGAAGAGUAUCAGCAAGAAUUGGCAAAAGUACAGAAGGAAGGUCUGAAAGAAGUGGCAAAACUGCGACACGAGUAUCAGCAACAAAUUCAGGCGUUAACUGUGGCACUUGAACCCAAUCGAAACCUUCAACACAAAGCCGAGUCGGGGAGAAGAAAAUGGUGCAAAGUAGCUGUGAUGAACAAAAUGGAGUAAAUUAUAGUGGUUAAAUCGAUUAAUUAAUUUAGAGUAGGUCAUGUCAAAAAUGGCAAAAGUAUCCUUUUCUGUUAUACAUUAUUGGUGAAUAUUCCACAUUAUUGGUUCACUUUCUUCCAUUUUUUUAAUGUCGCUCAAAAAGUUAUAGUUUUGUUAUCCCUGUUUCAUAAACUAUAGCCCAGUUUUGUGUACCCGUUACGAGUUAUUGUCCCAAAUUUUUACAAAAUUUCAAAUA